AUUCUGUUGACGUGGAAUAGGAAGCACAGCAAACAUGGCGGCGCCCUUAGAGGAGCAAGAAAAUUGCGUCGAGAGAGAGAUGAACAGUCUCUCAGUGUCUGAAAACACCUCUGCAUCAGAUGACGAUGAAGUUACAGACUAUUUAAUGCAGUUUGUAGAAAAAGAAAUUGGUUGCGACCUGAAGGCAUUAAGCAAAGUUAGUGGUAUGCUUGAGAAACUAAAGGCUGAAAACAAGGCUCUGGAAGAACAGGUAAUGACAGCAUCGAGCUCGGUGCCGCUGCGCGUGUCUGCUGCCCUUGAAACUGCAGAGAAAUCUCAGUCCAACCUGGAAAGUUUACUUCAGAAAGAGAGGAUACUCUCUAACACAUUGCAACAACAUCUUCAGGGUGCACAGAGUUGGGCAGACAGACUUGGACAAACACUCGGCCAGUUGGAUACCAUAGAGAAGCACCUGAAAUAUUUACAGUGUUUAGCCCGCAUCGAAGAGCUCAGUGACAGUAUUCAGCAAUGUUUAAUGACCAGUAGCACAUGGGAAGCUGCGGGGGCCAUCAGCACUAUGGCUAAGUUGGACGUGAGCCUGCAGGAGUCAGGCUGUAGCCAUCUGCAGGCUUUCCUCAGAGAAACACUACGAUUUUGGCACAAGAUUCUAAAAGACAGACUUACAGGGGACUUUGAAGAGGUUCUCACACAGUUGCAAUGGCCUUUUAUCUCUCCUCCAACUCCUUCCCUCUCUCCACCUCCUAAUGCCCAGGAGCUCAAUAGCCAGCUAGAACUUCUGGUAUCUCAGCUCCUGGCCCUGCAAACCUCUGAUGAUCUAAUAUCAGAGGAGCCAUCCUCUCGUUUGGGCUUUCCCCAGUCUAUACCCCUCUCUUUGCCCAUAAAGAUUAUGCUGGUUCCUCUCAGUAAGCGGUUCAAGUACCACUUCACUGGGAAUCGGCAAACUAACUCCCUAAACAAGCCAGAGUGGUACCUAACCCAGGUCCUCAUGUGGAUGGGGAACAACUCUAACUUCAUGGAAGAGAAGAUUCAGCCUAUUCUGGAUCACUCACGAGCCAACAUCAAUGCUAAGGUGGAGUUGUGCCGAGGCCUCCUCUCUCUCGCUCAGGAGAAGCUAGCGUUGGAUGCCUCCCGGCUUCUGUAUGAUGAUGCUCUGUUCUGCCACCUGGUGGAUGAGGUGCUCCAGUUUGAAAAGGAGCUGCGGAGCACACAUGCCUACCCCAGCACCUUACCUGGUGCCCUGCACAUCCUGCUGGAGGAAGCCGUCUUGCAGAAGUGGCUCAGUGUGGAGAGAAAAAUGGCACUUGAGAAAGUGGAUGCCAUGCUGUCAGCAGAAGGAGCUUGGAGUUCCCAAUACAGAGACAUCACAGACAUGGAUGAGUUGAAAGCUCCAGAUUGUGCAGAGACCUUUAUGACACUCCUGUUGGUUAUUACAGACCGUUACCGCUCCCUGCCCUCCCCUCGAGCGCAGCUCAGCUUCCUGGCGCUGCAGAGGGAGCUGGUGGAUGACUUCCGUAUCCGACUGACACAAGUCAUGAAAGAAGAGUCUCGGAACCCACUGGGCGUACGCUACUGUGCCAUCCUCAAUGCUGCCAAUUACAUUUCUGCAGUGCUUAUUGACUGGGGUGACAAUGUAUUCUUCUUGCAGCUGCAGCAGGCUGCUGUGGCUCUUGGUGACGAGGUGUUGGGGCCCAUGGGGGCCACAGAGACAGGCCGCCUGGCAUCUCUCGAGGGCUCUCUGUUUGAAGAACUGCUGGGAUUGCUGGAGCGACUCCGUGGGGAUAUGAUGGGCCGGCUGCUGGACACGGUCAUGAGAGAUGUGCGGGAGAAAACCCAGACCUACAUACGAGACAGAUGGCUUUCCUUGCCCUCCCAGUGUGACCAGGCAACCAUGUCUUUGUCCAGUUCUGCAUGUCCCAUGAUGCUUUGCUUGCGGGACCAUUUGCUACAGCUACAGCAGCUUCUGAGUCUGCCUCUGUUUCAGACGUUCUGGCAAGGUUUGGCUGAGAGGCUGGAUCUCUUCCUUUACCAAGACCUUAUAUUGUACAACCAUUUCAAUGAGGGUGGGGCUGCACAGCUACAGUUUGACAUGACCAGGAACCUGUUUCCUCUGUUUGGACACUAUUGCAAGAGACCAGAAAACUUCUUCAAACAGGUGAAGGAGGCUUGCAUCAUCUUGACGCUGAAUGUGGGCCCUGCCCUGCUACUGCGGGAUGUCCUUAGAGAGGCGGAAGACGAACUGUUUGUUCCAGAGAGUCUGCAGCCCAGCCCCGAGGCUGCCCUCAACGAGCUGGGUGUGUAUCGUCUGCCUCCGUAUGACGUCUCCAUCCUGCUGGGGCUCAGGGCAUCAUGGCCUGCGCAGUAAAAGGACCACCCAUAACACCUACAAAGGGCUUACAUGGUCUACCCCUGAAACACCAUCCUCUGGGGUGGCGAUACAGAUGACUUAAUGACUCACUCAUGUUUGAUCACUGUGAUUUUUAUGUCAGUUUGGGAUUUGUUGCAAAUGUAUCUCCUAAAACGCAGUGAUUCCAGCUAUCAUGCAGAAAUUAUUGCAGCUUGAUUGUCAAAAAAAAAAAAUGUACACACACAGAUUUCUCUACUUCAUAUGACGUGCAAAUGUUGAUAAGUCGAGCACUUGAUGAAUCAGGUAAUUUACCUGUGAAUAUGCUUUACAAAGACUGGGAUUAAAUGUUCUUAUGAAACUGGAA